GGGCGGGCCCGGGCUGGCGCCCAGCUCGGCGCUUCAGUGACUCGCGGAGGGAGCGCCUCGCCUGGAGUCGGCGCCGCAGCCGCCGCCGCCGCUGGCCAGGGUGCUGGACCAGACAGGCCGCUCGGCCACCUCGCUCGCUAAGGUAACCGCUGCAGCCGAGGCUGCUUCCCUCUCCACCGGGUCCCCAUGGAAGAGAUGGAAGAAGAGUUAAAAUGCCCGGUGUGUGGCUCAUUCUAUCGGGAGCCCAUCAUCCUGCCCUGCUCCCACAAUUUAUGUCAGGCAUGCGCCCGCAAUAUUCUGGUGCAGACCCCGGAGUCCGAGUCGCCCCAAAGCCGUCGGGCCUCGGGCUCCGGGGUCUCCGACUAUGAUUAUCUGGAUCUGGACAAGAUGAGCCUGUACAGCGAGGCGGACAGCGGCUAUGGUUCCUACGGGGGGUUCGCCAGCGCCCCCACGACCCCGUGCCAGAAGUCUCCCAACGGCGUCCGUGUGUUCCCCCCGGCGAUGCCGCCGCCGGCCACCCACCUGUCCCCGGCCUUGGCGCCGGUGCCUCGCAACUCCUGUAUCACCUGCCCCCAGUGCCACCGCAGCCUCAUCUUGGACGACCGGGGGCUCCGCGGCUUCCCCAAGAACCGCGUUCUGGAGGGCGUGAUUGACCGAUACCAGCAGAGCAAAGCCGCGGCCCUCAAGUGCCAGCUGUGUGAGAAGGCGCCCAAGGAAGCCACCGUCAUGUGCGAACAGUGCGAUGUCUUCUACUGCGACCCGUGCCGCCUGCGUUGCCAUCCGCCUCGGGGUCCCCUCGCUAAGCACAGGCUGGUGCCUCCAGCCCAGGGACGCGUGAGCCGGCGGCUGAGUCCCCGUAAGGUUUCCACCUGCACUGACCACGAGCUGGAGAACCACAGCAUGUACUGCGUGCAGUGCAAGAUGCCCGUGUGCUACCAGUGCUUGGAAGAGGGCAAACACUCCAGUCACGAAGUCAAGGCGCUGGGGGCCAUGUGGAAGCUGCACAAGAGCCAGCUCUCCCAGGCGCUGAACGGACUCUCAGACCGGGCCAAAGAAGCCAAGGAGUUCCUGGUGCAACUUCGCAACAUGGUGCAGCAGAUCCAGGAGAACAGCGUGGAGUUUGAAGCCUGCCUGGUGGCCCAGUGUGAUGCCCUCAUUGAUGCCCUCAACAGAAGGAAAGCCCAGCUGCUUGCACGUGUCAAUAAGGAGCAUGAGCACAAGCUGAAGGUGGUUCGAGAUCAGAUCUCUCACUGCACCGUAAAAUUACGCCAGACCACGGGGCUCAUGGAGUACUGCCUGGAGGUGAUUAAGGAAAAUGAUCCUAGUGGCUUUUUGCAGAUUUCCGACGCCCUCAUAAGAAGAGUGCACCUGACUGAGGAUCAGUGGGGAAAAGGUACGCUGACUCCCAGGAUGACCACGGACUUCGACCUGAGUCUGGACAACAGUCCUCUGCUGCAAUCCAUUCACCAGCUCGACUUUGUGCAAAUGAAAGCUUCCUCUCCAGUCCCAGCGACCCCCAUCCUACAGCUGGAAGAGUGUUGUACCCACAACAACAGUGCUACACUGUCCUGGAAACAGCCCCCUCUGUCCCCAGUGCCUGCAGAUGGGUAUAUCCUGGAGCUGGAUGACGGCAGUGGUGGUCAGUUCCGGGAAGUCUAUGUUGGGAAGGAGACAAUGUGCACAGUGGAUGGUCUUCACUUCAACAGCACAUACAAUGCUCGAGUCAAGGCCUUCAACAAAACAGGAGUCAGCCAGUACAGCAAGACCCUGGUCCUCCAAACGUCCGAGGACACAGACUCAGAAGAACAGACACCCCCUUUUCCAGUGCCUUCGGAAAGAUUGCCGCUGCGUAGAAUGAGUCCUUUCUCCUCCACCCUUAAUCUACAACCCAGCUUUCCCGGGAGAUCCUACUUUGAUUUGAGAUCCUCACCCCACCAGCUGAGCUUGCAUUCCUCUUUACAGUCUCUCAAUGCACCGGGAUGCAAUUUUGAGACACAAUCUGCACCAUACUCUCAAUUAGUUGACAUUAAAAAGCUGUUGGCAGUGGCCUGGUUUGCUUUCGACCCUGGCUCAGCACAUUCUGACAUCAUCCUCUCCAAUGACAACCUGACCGUGACCUGCAGCAGCUACGAUGACCGGGUGGUGCUGGGGAAGACGGGCUUCUCCAAGGGUGUCCACUACUGGGAGCUCACCGUGGACCGCUACGACAACCACCCUGACCCUGCCUUUGGCGUGGCUCGCAUGGACGUGAUGAAGGAUGUGAUGUUAGGGAAGGACGACAAAGCUUGGGCAAUGUAUGUGGACAAUAACCGGAGCUGGUUCAUGCACAACAACUCGCACACCAACAGAACAGAGGGAGGGAUCACCAAGGGGGCCACCAUCGGGGUCCUCCUCGACCUAAAUAGGAAAACCUUGACCUUUUUCAUCAAUGAUGAGCAGCAAGGCCCCAUAGCAUUUGAGAAUGUGGAGGGCAUGUUCUUCCCAGCAGUCAGCCUGAACAGGAAUGUGCAGGUCACGCUCCACACGGGGCUCCCGGUCCCAGACUUCUACUCCAGCAGAGCGUCCAUAGCCUAAGGCUGCCACUGUGGAGGCACCAGCGGCCCGGCCUUCCUCCAGCUGAGAGGGCAGCGGGGAGCCCAGCCCUGCACAGGGUGGCAGGAGCUGAUGAGAGGAAGUGGAGAGAUAAGCUGGUGCUCCAUAACCUCACACCCCCAGCUCAGCCCGCCCCCUCCCUCCCCUCCACCGCUGUAAUGCCCACGUUCACUUCCACCCUCGGCCACUCUCACCAACAAAGGACCCAGACAGCCCACACAUCACAGCAUCGCCAUUCCCCCAUGUUGCUUUUCUUGACCUUAAUUUUUUGAUGUUGGUGAGUUCUCUUUGGUUUGUUUGUUUUUCUGAUCGUGACUUUUUUGGGGUGACUGACCUGAACUGGCACUGCCAUGGGAAAAUUCUCCAGAUAACCUUUCUCAAGCUUUCUGUCAAGCAAAGAAAUUGUUGGGAGAGGUAGGAAAGGACUGAAUUCAGAGCGUACACCCCAGAAGGAUCUCGCCCUGUGACCUCUCCUGCAGCGUUAGGUCUACAAAAUUGAUUUUGGACUGCCGUCAGAGUGAAUGUAGCAUUGGCAGUUGUACUAAAACAGUGAAGCACAAAAAUACCAGCCCAGGGCUGCAGGAAGGCACACAGCAGGCUCCUUGGGGCAGGUUCUCUUGCUGCAGCCCCAGCUACUGGAUGAAGUGGGAUGCCUGCAACUCAACAGGCAGACUUAAUGAUUUGGUUCCUUUUUCAGAAAACAUCGUUUUGGUUGGGCUUUUUUUUUUUUUUUUGAGAACCUGCUAUGGACCAGGCACUGUUCUAGGCAUAAGAGACACAGUGAUGAACAAGUACAGAACUAGUCUUGGCCUUCCUGGAACUUAUAUUCAUGUAGUUGAACAAACCAAAAAUAAAAGAAUUACAAAUUAUAUUUUUUUAAGUUCCAGGAAGGAAUAAAUAAGGGCCAAAGAGGCUAAAUAGCAAGAUCUUUCAGAUCCCCUUGCAGGAUGCUAAAAAAAACACAUGUUCUAGCUACAUUGCUAGACAUGUAUCUACUCAAUGCCUUUCCACCGUGCUAUUUUAAUUAGUACCUGCUGCUAUUCACCACCGAGCCCUCCUUUGGUAGUAUUGAUGUCAGCAUUCUUAUUUAAUAAUGCUGCAGUGAUACUAAGCCUUAAAAUUUUGAUGUGGUGAGGGAUGGGGGAACUACUGGUCAGGGAAAGAGGAUCCCUUCUCACUCCUGAGGGGUCUUCAGGUGCAGUCCACGGCAUUCAUGUUCUCAGGACAAAUGCGUUUGUCUCCACGUCUCCUCUCUGGGCCCAUGAUAAAUGAACACUCCAUCCGUCCUACUGCCAUCCACUCCCUAACUUCCGGGAAUAAUUCAAUGUUUGGAAAAAACUGAACUUGUAUGUCAUUGCUAACCUGAUAGCAGAAUAAUCAUGCUUAUUACUUCUAUAUAGAGAUAGACUUACAUAAGUUUCUCUUCAGAUGCUUAGUUUGACAUGAAGUUUUAGAAAAGGUAGGACCUAGAAAAAAGGUUCAACAUAGUUGUCUUUAUAGUUGCUGGUGAGCUAAGAAAUUCACCAGGGGGGGAAACAAUUAACAACAAAUAAAAAGGGGAAAGAAGGAUGAGAAAAAUAAAUCAGUUAUAGUUCGGAUGAAAUGUAAUAGAUGUAAAUAGUGAAUAAUAAUUUCAGUUCUCCCAAUCGGCUACAGUGUUUUUCUAGUCUAAUGUACCUAAUUUAUUGAAGGGGUGCUAUCCUGUGUAUGUCUGUCCGGGUUUUUCUUGGCUACAGGGAAACUGUUGCAGGGCAACACUCGUUUGAUAUUUGAUUUACCUUCCCAUGAGAGUCAAUGGCUGGGCCGCUGUAGACUCAUAGUUACUCUUGUAACCUCAUCCAGCUAAUUAGAUUUCCAGUGACUUGUAACACGUAGCUUACACUUAAUUGCAAUGAUAGAUGCAUAUAGCUACUAUACUAGGAAAAAUCGAUAUUUCUGGUGUGCCAAUAAACGAUUUUUAUGAGAGCA